CGCACGGAUUAGGGUUUUAGGGCAAAGGUCUCCAGCCCCCAAGGGCCGGCCUUGCUAAAAUCGCCGACUAUGGAUUAAGCGGGGUGGAUCGAACCCGUUGUGGAACAAUAACCGGCGAAUUGAAAGGGAGGGAUCGGCCCAAAAUUACGAAACCAUUUGGGAGGGAGGGACUAGAGAGGAAGCGGGAGUCGGAGACCAGACAGAAUGGAAGAAGAGAAAGAAGGAAUUGUCACGCCGGGGGAAGUGCUGGGCAUCGCCUCCGAAGUGAAACCCGGUAAAGGUGCUUAUCUGGCUCCUCACAACAACACCGUCUAUGCUUCUUUAACUGGUUUCCGCCGCAUCACAUCUCCUCCUCCCGACUUCACUGACCAGAGACCUACUGUUGAAGUAACUGGUCACAAAGCCCAUGGAGCUGUACCAGAGCCUGGAUCUGUUGUCAUUGCACGAGUCACGAAGGUGAUGGCUAGGUCAGCUUCUGCUGAUAUUAUGUGUGUUGGCCCUAAGUCAGUUCGAGAAAAAUUUACUGGGAUAAUUAGGCAACAAGAUGUAAGAGCAACUGAGAUUGAUAAAGUUGAUAUGCACCUGUCUUUCCAUCCUGGUGAUAUUGUUAGAGCUCUUGUGCUUUCUCUUGGAGAUGCACGAGCAUACUAUCUGUCAACAGCAAAGAAUGAACUUGGUGUCAUCUCUGCAGAAAGCACUGCUGGUGCGACCAUGGUGCCAAUAAGUUGGACAGAGAUGCAAUGCCCAAUAACCGGUCAAAUCGAGCGAAGAAAGGUUGCGAGGGCAAAAGCUGAGAAUACCAAACAUCGAAAACUUUGUCGAGACCCCAAUAAUUCGAAAACUUUGUGUAGAAUCCUACUAACAGGGCUUUUCAUGGGAGUCAAAAACCCUAGCGACAGUUUCGAUCUUCCUCGGGAUUAUUUUGCGCAGCUUCCACGCGAUCUUCGAUUAGAUGUAAUGAGAAUAUCAUGCACCCCAUGUUCAUACAUCCAUCGAGGCUUGCCCUACCAGCUCUCUUCCCCCAAAAUAAAUGAAUGUGAUUUGAAUAUCUCGUUGGUUGGCUACUCAGCACUUGGCAAGCGAUUGUUAUCUGCUGGAAGAAGGUUUCAAUCUAUGGGAAAAUAUGGCCAAGGUGAGCCACAAAAGAUUGCAAGAGCGAUGAUUACAGCUGGGAAGGUUCUAUCUGAUACUUUGACAUCUGCAAUAACAGAUGAGCCCCCAAAAGAGGAAGCUAGAAUGCUGAAGUUUGGAGAAUUGCAGGUUGAAUUAACACCAGAUAAAGCGAAUAUUGGGGCAGUAAUUGGAUUUGUCUUUGGGGUUCUUUCAUGGGAAAUAGCCCAGGGAAUUCAAAACAUUCCUGAGAGUUCUUUGCAGUAUGCAAAUGAGAAUGCUUUGCUGCUAGCUAAGUCUCUGAGGGGGGCACUGCUUGCUCUUUUCUACUCGUCAACAUUCUUGUCUGCAAUUACUUCUUUGGGACUUGUCCUCCUCGGGAUCCAGGUCAAAUCAAGGAAAGAUUGAGUUCUGGGGCUUCCUUCCCUGUUUUGCUUGUGAAUGUUGUACAUGAAUAGCAUAAUGUGAGCAAUACCAUCAUAGUGAAGGACCAGACUUUAUCUUGUCUCAUGGUCCCGAAAGUUAUCCACUUCGUCACAAUAUAUUCUAAUUGUGGGAUAUGCAUACUAUAUAUGGCACUUUGCCAGUUUGGCGGUUGCUUGACUGUCCAGAAAUGAUUCGAUUUAUUGGCAGUCUGCAGGGUACGCUUGAGCUUGGGUUUUUCCAACCCAAAUGCGAAAUGCUGUGGUGAUACACACACGUACAUGGAAUAUGUUGAUGAUGUCAUAAA